AUGGAAGGUGGACGCCCCGAGGAAGACUACAGGGGAAAUCACAUAGUGAAGCAUGACUACACCAAGCCCUUAACCUACUGUAUCUUCAGACCAGCACCCCCGGGAGAGUGAGUUACUAGAACCCCCAAAAGGUUCUGAGUCAGAGCAGGCUAUUGUUCUGCAUAAGCUCUUGACAAAGAGAUGCCUCAAUUGAUAUACUGGCAGGGGUCCCCAAUUACAUUAACCUGCGGGCAGAUUUUUUCUUGAGUGGAUGGACGGGGGACCGGAACAUAGUUAUAAAUAAUUUAUAACACUGCAAUUGACAACAAGAAGCCCCAAAACAGAUAUAGUAUUUGACAAAAACAGAAUAAUUUCAAACCUUGAGUACAUUGGGAUACAAUCACAUAUGCCUCUAUAUUUAUGCGUGCGAAUAGAUUUCCUAAAUGAAAAUCACUUGAGCUUAGUUCCUGGUGAUUUAACAGUCCUUUAUGUUCCACAAUGAAAAUUAUAUAUAAAGUUUUUAUUUUAUUGAUCAGAAAACUUGGAUGGCCAAAUAAAAUCAGCAUUUGGCCCGCUGGCCCGGCCCUAAUUGGGGAUCCCUGAUAUACUGUAUGUGGAUAAAUAUUUUAGAGUCCCAGGUUUUAUGCAACUAUUCAAUGGUUAUUUUAGCUAGGACCAACAAUUGUAUCAUAUUAUCACUGUUGUGAAGUUUCUUGGUUGUAAUCAAUGGCAACUGACACUGUCUCGCCCUGCUAUUAAGCAUAUAAAUGCCAAGUGUAAGUUAAGCCAGGCACGUCUCCCAAAUUGUUGGUCGGGGACCCAAACCCAUUGGUGCGUUGCAGUGUUUUCUCUUGGGUCUUGCUCAAGACUGGGUCCUGGCUAGAAAAAAUAGUUUUGCUCAUUCACUGGGUCAGAAAGAGUAACAUUUGAAAGACCUUAGCUGUGCUAUUUUGCCAACUCCUAUGGCCAUUGUCAAAUCGCAUCAAAUUUUAUUGCCACAUGCGCCGAAUACAACCGGUGUAGACCUUACAGUGAAAUGCAUACUUACAAGCCCUAACCAACAAUGCAGUUUUAAGAAAAAAAGUGUUAAGUAAAAAAUAGAUAAGUAAAAAUAUUAAAGAGCAGCAGUAAAAUAAAAUAACAAUAGGGAUGCUAUAUAGAGGGGGUACCGGUACAGAGUCAUGUGCGGGGGCACGUUUUGUCAUUGUUUGGCGUAACAAUGACCAUAGGUUGGGAAGACCGCCAAAACAAUCUGGAUCAGGGUAGGGGGGCAAUGGCCACAUAUAUUUUUGGGAAAACCCUUCUUCUAAGCUUUCCCGUUUCCAGGUAUAAGACUAACUGUGGUUGGUUCCAAGGGAGGGGGCGAGCUGGCGGGGCGCAGUGGGGGGAACGAAGUGCCUGGGCAUGUCAACUGGAGGAAGGCUGGGAAUGGGCCCGCUCAAGAUGGGCCUCAGGGGGGUGGUGUUCUACGCGAAGGCAGACGGUUGACGCUCUCAACUCUGUUUUUUUACCCUGCGUUUUCCCCAUGUGUGUGUGUGUUGUGUUUGAAUUUUGGGGGGUGUGAGACCUCUCGCCCCUGGGCUUUAGAGAAAUUCCUCCAAACCCCCCCUCAAAGGGUUAGGUUUUAGCUUUGGGGUGCUGCCCGGGUAAAAAGUGAAAUCUAAACAUACUGUCACUGGCGAGCAUAGGUGUGUGUGUUUGAGUGGUGUAUUGACCGGUCCGGCAAGGGGCACUGUUUGGAUGGAAAAGGGCCCUUGGGGGCCCCCCCAAAAAAAAAAAAAAGUUGGGCCCCAAAUUUCUUCCCUUUGGGACCGGGGGGGCCCCGCCCAUUCCCAAAAAACGGGGCUUUUUUUUUUUUUUAAUCUUUGGGGGGGGAAAAAAGAAAAAGGAAGGGAAAUUCGGGGGGCCCGGGGGCGCCAAAAUUUAAAACCCCGGCCUCCAAAAGUUGAUUCAGUGGGGGGAUCGGGGCACCCCUGCGGGAGUUUGCUCAGGAAGGGCACAGACAGGUGUGAUGCAUCUGCACGCACAGUGAGGCGAAUACUUUUGGAGGAUGGCCUGGUGUCAAGAAGGGCAGCAAAGAAGCCACUUCUCUCCAGGAAAAACAUCAGGGACAGACUGAUAUUCUGAAAAAGGUACAGGGAUUUUUUUAUUUAUUUUUUAUUUCACCUUUAUUUAACCAGGUAAGCCAGUUGAGAACAAGUUCUCAUUUACAACUGCGACCUGGCCAAGAUAAAGCAAAGCAGUGCGAUAAAAACAACAACACAGAGUUACAUAUGGGGUAAAACAAAACAAAGUCAAAAAUACAACAGAAAUGGACUGCUGAGGACUGGGGAAAGUCAUUUUCUCUGCUGAAUCCCCUUUCCGAUUGUUUGGGGCAUCCGGAAAACACCUUGUCCGGAGAAGACAAGGUGAGCGCUACCAUCAGUCCUGUGUCAUGCCAACAGUAAAGCAUCCUGAGACCAUUCAUGUGUGGGGUUGCUUCUCAGCCAAGGGAGUGGGCUCACUCACAAUUUUGCCUAAGAACACAGCCAUGAAUAAAGAAUGGUAGCAACACAUCCUCCGAGAGCAACUUCUCCCAACCAUCCAAGAACAGUUUGGUGACGACCAAUGCCUUUUCCAGCAUGAUGGAGCGCCUUGCCAUAAGGCAAAAGUGAUAACUAAGUGGCUCGGGGAACAAAACAUCGACAUUUUGGGUCCAUGGCCAGGAAACUCCCCAGACCUUAAUCCCAUUGAGAACUUGUGGUUGAUCCGCAAGAGGUGGGUGGACAAACAAAAACCCACAAAUUCUGACAAACUCCAAGCAUUGAUUAUGCAAGAAUGGGCUGCCAUCAGUCAGGAUGUGGUCCAGAAGUUAAUUGACAGCAUGCCAGGGCGGAUUGCAGAGGUCUUGAAAAAGAAGGGUCAACACUGCAAAAAUUGACUCUUUGCAUAAACUUAAUGUAAUUGUCAAUAAAAGCCUUUGACACUUAUGGAAUGCUUGUCAUUAUACUUCAGUAUACCAUAGUAACAUCUGACAAAAAUACAGUGGGGAAAAAAAGUAUUUAGUCAGCCACCAAUUGUGCAAGUUCUCCCACUUAAAAAUAUGAGAGAGGCCUGUAAUUUUCAUCAUAGGUACACGUCAACUAUGACAGACAAAAUGAGGAAAAAAAAUCCAGAAAAUCACAUUGUAGGAUUUUUAAUGAAUUUAUUAGCAAAUUAUGGUGGAAAAUAAGUAUUUGGUCAAUAACAAGUCUUCACAAGGUUUUCACACACUGUUGCUGGUAUUUUGGCCCAUUCCUCCAUGCAGAUCUCCUCUAGAGCAGUGAUGUUUUGGGGCUGUCGCUGGGCAACACAGACUUUCAACUCCCUCCAAAGAUUUUCUAUGGGGUUGAGAUCUGGAGACUGGCUAGGCCACUCCAGGACCUUGAAAUGCUUCUUACGAAGCCACUCCUUCGUUGCCCGGGCGGUGUGUUUGGGAUCAUUGUCAUGCUGAAAGACGCAGCCACGUUUCAUCUUCAAUGCCCUUGCUGAUGGAAGGAGGUUUUCACUCAAAAUCUCACGAUACAUGGCCCCAUUCAUUAUUUCCUUUACACGGAUCAGUCGUCCUGGUCCCUUUGCAGAAAAACAGCCCCAAAGCAUGAUGUUUCCACCCCCAUGCUUCACAGUAGGUAUGGUGUUCUUUGGAUGCAACUCAGCAUUCUUUGUCCUCCAAACACGACGAGUUGAGUUUUUACCAAAAAGUUAUAUUUUGUUUUCAUCUGACCAUAUGACAUUCUCCCAAUCCUCUUCUGGAUCAUCCAAAUGCACUCUAGCAAACUUCAGACGGGCCUGGACAUGUACUGGCUUAAGCAGGGGGACACGUCUGGCACUGCAGGAUUUGAGUCCCUGGCGGCGUAGUGUGUUACUGAUAGUAGGCUUUGUUACUUUGGUCCCAGCUCUCUGCAGGUCAUUCACUAGGUCCCCGUGUGGUUCUGGGAUUUUUGCUCACCGUUCUUGUGAUCAUUUUGACCCCACGGGGUGAGAUCUUGCGUGGAGCCCCAGAUCGAGGGAGAUUAUCAGUGGUCUUGUAUGUCUUCCAUUUCCUAAUAAUUGCUCCCACAGUUGAUUUCUUCAAACCAAGCUGCUUACCUAUUACAGAUUCAGUCUUCCCAGCCUGGUGCAGGUCUACAAUUUUGUUUCUGGUGUCCUUUGACAGCUCUUUGGUCUUGGCCAUAGUGGAGUUUGGAGUGUGACUGUUUGAGGUUGUGGACAGGUGUCUUUUAUACUGAUAACAAGUUCAAACAGGUGCCAUUAAUACAGCUAACGAGUGGAGGACAGAGGAGCCUCUUAAAGAAGAAGUUACAGGUCUGUGAGAGCCAGAAAUCUUGCUUGUUUGUAGUUGACCAAAUACUUAUUUUCCACCAUAAUGUGAUUUUCUGGAUUUUUUCCCCUCAUUUUGUCUGUCAUAGUUGACGUGUACCUAUGAUGAAAAUUACAGGCCUCUCUCAUAUUUUUAAGUGGGAGAACUUGCACAAUUGGUGGCUGACUAAAUACUUUUUUCCCCCACUGUAUCUCAUAACACUGAAGCAGCAAACUUUGUGAAGACCAAUACUUGUCAUUCUCAAAACUUUUGACCACGACUGUAUAUGCUGAAAUGCAUUUCUCAUACAUGGUAGUACUGUUUUUUAGAUAGAAAGAUGAGAUGAGUUUAGUCCUGGAGUGUCUUUUUCAAUUGAAAGCCCAUCUAUUGGUACUAUAGGCACAUGUAUAUUGUCUCAUUUGCAUAUUUAGUUACAAUAUUUCAGGAACAAUUUUAUACAGAAAAAUCGGUGUCUAAAUUCAAAUGGCACAGGUUAAUUUUGAUAUAUAAAGAUAUAAACAUUACUUAUUAGGGUGUGGUGCCUGCCCUUGUAUAUUAUUCAGGCUACCUGUAAUUAUGUAGUCAUAAGGCUUCUUCUGACAUUUUAAAAACCUUCCAAAUGACAACAAAUGUAUUAUGAUAGAUUUUAACAUCUAUUUCAGACACUAAAUCCAUAACGGAGGGUAUCACAUCCAUAAGUAGUUUUUCCUCUAAAGUAAAAAAGGAAAUGACAGUCUUUUCAAAAUUAUGUUUUUUGUGUUCAGCCAAGUGUUUCCUUCGAAAUGGCAAUCCAUGUUUUGACUUAAGACUUAUGCUUGUCCAUUUCAUGUAACAUCCAUAACGCUUCUUAUUUUUUUUAUUUCUCCAACGUCAGUAUUUACAAGUCUGCUUUUGGGGGUAUACACAACCCCCCCCCCCCCACCCCACCCACCCCCCCCGAAGGGGUACUAUAGACACACACAUCAAAAGUUUCAUUUACAUUUUGUUUGUCCAUUCUGUGAGACAUUUAAAGUUGUGAUUCUUCUUGCAAAUGUAAUGUCCAUAACGCUGGAAUCGGCCAUUGGGCGUGUGUGUGAAUGAACUGUCGUUGCUCCGUGUAGAUGGGAGUUCUGGCGUUAUGGAAGGUGGACGCCCGAGGAAGACUACAGGGAAAUCACAUAGUGAAGCAUGACUACACCAAGCCCUUAACCUACUGUAUCUUCAGACCAGCACCCCCGGGAGAGUGAGUUACUAGAACCCUAUAAGUACCCCAAAAGGUUCUGAGUCAGAGCAGGCUAUUGUUCUGCAUAAGCUCUUGACAAAGAGAUGCCUCAAUUGAUAUACUGCAGGGGUCCCCAAUUACAUUAACCUGCGGGCAGAUUUUUUCUUGAGUGGAUGGACGGGGGACCGGAACAUAGUUAUAAAUAAUUUGUACACUGCAAAUUGACAACAAGAAUCCCAAACAGAUAUAGUAUUUGACAAAAACAGAAUAAUUUCAAACCUUGAUUACAUUGGGAUACAAUCACAUAUGCCUCUAUAUUUAUGCGUGGGAAUAGAUUUCCUAAAUGAAAAUCACUUUGAGCUUAGUUCCUGGUGAUUUAACAGUCCUUUAUGUCCAACAAUGAAAAUUAUAUAUAAAGUUUUUAUUUUAUUGCUCAGAAAACUUGGAUGGCCAAAUAAAAUCAGCAUUUGGCCCGCUGGCCGCCUAUUGGGGAUCCCUGAUAUACUGUAUGUGUAUAAAUAUUUUAGAGUCCAGGUUUUAUGCAACUAUUCAAUGUUAUUUUUAGCUAGGACAACAAAUUGUAUCCAUAUUAUCACUGUUGUGAAGUUAUCUUUGGUUGUAAAUCAAUGGCACUAACACUGUCUCGCCCUGCUAUUAAGCAUAUAAAUGCCAAGUGUAAGUUAAGCCAGGCACUGUCUCCAAAAUUGUUGGUCGGGACCCAAACCCAUUGGUGCGUUGCAGUUGUUUCUCUUGGGUCUUGCUCAAGACUGGGUCCUGGCUAGAAAAAUGGUUUGGUCAUUCACUGGGUCAGAAAGAGUAACAUUUGAAAGACCUUAGCUGUGCUAUUUUGCCAACUCCUAUGGCCAUUGUCAAAUCGCAUCAAAUUUUAUUUGCCACAUGCGCCGAAUACAACAGGUGUAGACCUUACAGUGAAAUGCAUACUUACAAGCCCUUAACCAACAAUGCAGUUUUAAGAAAAAAAGUGUUAAGAAAAAAAUAGAUAAGUAAAAAAUAAUUAAAGAGCAGCAGUAAAAUAAAAUAACAGUAGGGAGGCUAUAUAGAGGGGGUACCGGUACAGAGUCAAUGUGCGGGGGCACCGGUUAGUCAUUGUUUGGCGUAACAAUGACCAUAGGAGUUGGCAAGACCGCACAAACAGAUCUGGGAUUCAGGCUAGGGUCAGUGGCACAAUGCAUAGUUUGGAAACCAUUCUACUAAGCUCCUGUCCCAGUGUAUAAUGCUAACUGUGGUUGGUUCCAAGGGAUGUGGCGAUGCUGGCGCGGGCGGCAGUGGGCGGGGACGAGAGUGCCCUGGACAUGUUCAACUGGAGGAAGGCUGGGAAUGGAGCGCCGCUCAAGAUGGGCCCUCAGGAGGGACUGGUGUUCUACGUCAGCACGGCAGACGGUUAGACGCUCUCAAACUCUGUGUUUUUACCUGCGUUGUUCCCCUACGUGUGUGUGUGUGUGUGUUUGAAUGUGUGUGUGUGUGUGUGUGUGUGUGUGUGAGACCUCUCGCCUCUGGGCCUGUAGAGAAAUUCCUCCAAACCAGGCCCUCAACGGUUAGAGUGUGUUUAGCUUUGGUGCACGGCCCGGUGUAAUUAAGUGAAAUCUGAAGCAGUACUGUCACUGUGCGAGCAUAGGUGUGUGUGUUUGAGUGUGUGUAUUGACUCUGUGUCCAGGCAAGGUGCACUGUGUGGAUGAGCAUGGCAGGAGUAGCCCAGUGCUCAGUGUGGACGGCUCCAUCCAGAAACUCUUCUAUCUGAAGAGGAGAGAAGUCCUGGCCGUUGUCACGGAAACCCUUAUGCUGUCGCAGUACACUCUGGGACCUGAGGGGGGAGCCCAUGAGCUCAUGAAGGUACAGUGUCACUGUCAGUUGAAUUCAAGUUUGUGUACGUGUGUGACUCUGUGUUUAUAUGUUCUGUUGUCACAGGUGAAGCUGAGUGGAAAAAGUGGCCAAAGCGCAGAUAUCGUUUCAACAGAGACAGGCCUCCUCAUCACAGCUACAGGGGAACCGGUCAUCAGGUCAGACACACACACAAACACAAACCAACACACACAAGUAAGCAUUUCAUGGGAAGGUCUACACAUGUUGUAUUCGGCACAUAUGACAAAUACAAUUUGAUUAGAUUUGACUAUCCUUGUGGGGACCAAACAAUUGAUUCCCAUUAAAAAUCCUAUUUUCCUUAACCGUUACUUUAACUCCUAAACCUAACCCCUAACCUGAAUUCUAACCCUAACCCCUAAGCCUAAAAUAGCAAUUUUCCUUGUAGGUACCAGUGAAAUGUCCCCACUUCUGGUCCCCACAAGGACAGUAAAACCAAACACACAAACACACACACACACACUGACUGUGGAGCUGACAUACAUUGUGUUGUAGGCUCUGGGACUUGGAGAGAGAUGACAACUAUGUGCUUUCUCUGGAUGAGAGCCGGGGCUUUGAGAAAGGAGAGGUGUUGAACUGUGUCUCCUACUGCACAGCCAAAGGUAGGAAUGAACAAUGGUGUGCUAUGGUAGACUUGUGUUAAAUGGAUUACUAUUACACAGUAUACAUCCACUAACCUAGUCCCAGAUCUGUUUGUGUUAGCUUGCCAGCAACUCCUAUGGUCAUUGUCUCCACUGCACACUGUUUAUGACAAUGACCACCAUAGGAAUCGGCAAGAUGGAACAAAUUGAUCUGGGACCAGGCUAUGCAUUCACCGCUCUAAUAGGCAUAAAAAAAAAUGAUAUUUAGGCAUAGAAUUGGUCGUAUUUGUAUUGUUUCAAGAUGUUGCCCUCACUCCCCUGCGUCUUCCCAGAGAUCCUAGCUGCAGGCACCAACAGGGGACGUAUAGCUCUGUGGAGGAUGGUGAGCCAGCCCAACACCAGGACAGACACCAAAGCCCAGUGGAAACUACAGACACCCACGGAGAUCGAGGGCAAUGUCACCCAGCUCCAGGUACACUACAGUACUACAUUAUACUGUAUUGACACUUGGCGACGACACAGACACAGAGUAUUAUAUCCUCUUCCAUCACCUCUCCAUCACCUUGUUUUGACAGAUCCGAUCAAGAUUAGUUUACAAUGCGCUUUUUUGUUUGUCGACACCUAAACCAUUGGAUUUCACUGAUUGUGGCUACAAUACGAUCACCGGACUCAUAGACAGAGUGCAGUUAUAUUAGUCAGUGACUAUGUUAUUACAGUUUUACAAUAAUGUGUUGUCUGAAUGCAAUUGUCUUGUGUGUUUCCAGUGGGGCUCCAACCUGAACCUGCUGGCGGCCAACAGUGUGACCACAGUGCUGAUCCUCUGUGAGCACGUCAUGUCUGCCCACUUCGGCCAGCAGGUGGCAGCGGUGCAGCUGACCCCCUCUCAGCUCAGCCUUACAAUGUUCAACACCAACUCCCACCUCACCCUGCGCUCCGACAUGCACAUCAAGGGCGUCUGCGUCACCAAGGUAACCAGCCCAAAAAUGUGCCCGUUACCAAGUUGACCAGGCCAAAAAUGUGUCCCGUGAGCUGUCACCAAGGUAACGAGCCAAAAAUGUGCCCUGCUCACCAACUGUGUAUGUCUAGCUCAGCGUUUCCCAAACUAGGGGUCGCGACCCCAUGUGGGCUCGCCUGAUUUGAAAAUGGGGUCGCGAGAGAAACAAAAAAUUAUUAUAUAGAGCUUAGUUCAUAGAACCGGGGUUACGUCAGUAACCUCCGGUAGCCGCUAGAUGCGGUUGUAAUAAACAGAGCCGUUUCUGUUUUCUUUCUACAAAUGUGACUAUCUUUUAUGACCCCCAUCACUGAAGAAAAAGACUCUCAGGAAUACGUAUGCGUCUUCUGUUUCCCUCUACAACGCCCACAAGCUGCGCCGGACUUAUUAGAACACAGUGUUCAAGACCAGGCACUAAAUCAGACGGGGAGGGAAAGAACCUCAAUGAAGAUGUUAUUUUCUACACAGAAGAGCAUACAAAAUUAUUGCCUGAUGAUCUUCUGAACUUCCAAAUACCUUUCUGAUGCAUUUCAGUCACUUCAAACCAUACUUCCUUCAGAUUUGAAGUAAUGUGAAAAGUACUGUCAGACUGAUUUGUUAUAGACUGUCAUAGCCCCAAUUAAAGAAGUGAACAUUGGCUGUUGAUUACAUCACUUUUUUUUUACAUGGUGGGGUCAUGAAAAAUGGGGUCACGGGCCAAAAAAGUUUGGGAACCCCUGGUUUAGCUUGACUUAGGAGGCUAUCAAAUAAUUAGUUUUCUGCUCAAUGUGACAGUUUUACUGUGUCUGUCUCACACAAGCAGAUGUGUUAUCUAAGGAGUAUUUGAGGUGUGUUGAGUGGUCUCUUACAUGACUGAGAUAUUAGGCAUCUGAUGUUUACGUGAUGUGUGUUCAGGACACAGUCACAGUGUGGAACGGGAAGCAGGUCACUGUGUACGAAACCUCAGGGACAACUCUACGCAACACAGGUAAAGGGGCUACACAGCUAAACAGUGACAACAGUACACACCAGCAUGGCACUGCAUAACACUGUCAUAAGCAUUGUGUUAAGACCGAUGCUUAGUGUUAUUAAGCCCUGUGUGAAUUCUCCUGUCCCUUCCCCUCCUCUCCUGCUCGUCCCCAGGCUCUUUCCAGUGUGAGUCCCAGGUCUUAGCUGUGCAUGAUGAGAAUAUCUACACUGUGGAGCCCAAUAGGGUCCAGGUCCGCACACCACAGGUCAGUCCCCUACCUGGAACCCUCUGCCUAUCCACACUCACGCACGCGCAGAUACAUACAGACGCAUGCACGCACGGACACACAAUCAGUAUGCAUACCGCCUCAUACGGCUUCAAGGCUCCUGUCAAAUCUAUUUCAGUGUUCUUUUUUUGUCUGUAUCCUACAGAUGUAGGAUCUUAAUUUUUUUGGUAGUUUGCUACAGCAGGCAAAUAAUCCUGCAGCAACAGGAAAUGUUAAUUAUUAUGUGGAUUAUAAUUACUGGACAUUUUUGUAGGGGUUGAUACAUUUUUCGUUAGGGCAAAUUGGUGAAAAUUACUACUUUAGAAGCCUUUUUAAACCUCAAAUACACUACAAGUUUGCAUUUCCUGUUGUGCAGGAAAAUUCUCAGCGACAAAAGGGUGAUCAAAUGAAGAUCCUACUCUGUAUAUUAUAGAUAAGCAUUGUGUGUCUAUUGUAAAUAAGCAGUGUGUAUCUCUCUGACUCUGUCUCCCAGGGCACAGUGAAGCAGCUACUAGCCUUCUCUGAGGCGGAGGGCAACCCUGUGCUGCUCAGUGUGUGUCAGGGCUAUCUGGUGGUGGGAACAGACACAGCUCACAUCAAGGUCUUUGACCUCACCCGCAGGUAUACACAAAAACAUAUAAAAACCCUGAUACCUCCGAUCAAUUUACAUGACUUGUAAUGCCACUUUUUCAAAUCAGUAUCGUUAGCCAGUAAGUGAAUGAGCGAGGCCAAUUUUGUUUGGUUUUGCAGGUCUCAAUUGUGUUGUGUUGCUUUACAUAGCUACAGUGGGGGGAAAAGUAUUUAGUCAGCCACCAAUUGUGCAAGUUCUCCCACUUAAAAAGAUGAGAGAGGCCUGUAAUUUUCAUCAUAGGUACACGUCAACUAUGACAGACAAAUUAAGAUUUUUUUUUCCAGAAAAUCACAUUGUAGGAUUUUUAAUGAAUUUAUUUGCAAAUUAUGGUGGAAAAUAAGUAUUUGGUCACCUACAAACAAGCAAGAUUUCUGGCUCUCACAGACCUGUAACUUCUUCUUUAAGAGGCUCACUCGUUACCUGUAUUAAUGGCACCUGUUUGAACUUGUUAUCAGUAUAAAAGACACCUGUCCACAACCUCAAACAGUCACACUCCAAACUCCACUAUGGCCAAGACCAAAGAGCUAUCAAAGGACACCAGAAACAAAAUUGUAGACCUGCACCAGGCUGGGAAGACUGAAUCUGCAAUAGGUAAGCAGCUUGGUUUGAAGAAAUCAACUGUGGGAGCAAUUAUUAGGAAAUGGAAGACAUACAAGACCACUGAUAAUCUCCCUCGAUCUGGGGCACCACGCAAGAUCUCACCCCGUGGGGUCAAAAUGAUCACAAGAACGGUGAGCAAAAAUCCCAGAACCACACGGGGGGACCUAGUGAAUGACCUGCAUAGAGCUGGGACCAAAGUAACAAAGCCUACCAUCAGUAACACACUACGCCGCCAGGGACUCAAAUCCUGCAGUGCCAGACGUGUCCCCCUGCUUAAGCCAGUACAUGUCCAGGCCCGUCUGAAGUUUUCUAGAGUGCAUUUGGAUGAUCCAGAAGAGGAUUGGGAGAAUGUCAUAUGGUCAGAUGAAAACAAAAUAUAACUUUUUGGUAAAAACUCAACUCGUCGUGUUUGGAGGACAAAGAAUGCUGAGUUGCAUCCAAAGAACACCAUACCUACUGUGAAGCAUGGGGGUGGAAACAUCAUGCUUUGGGGCUGUUUUUCUGCAAAGGGACCAGGACGACUGAUCCGUGUAAAGGAAAUAAUGAAUGGGGCCAUGUAUCGUGAGAUUUUGAGUGAAAACCUCCUUCCAUCAGCAAGGGCAUUGAAGAUGAAACGUGGCUGGGUCUUUCAGCAUGACAAUGAUCCUAAACACACCGCCCGGGCAACGAAGGAGUGGCUUCGUAAGAAGCAUUUCAAGGUCCUGGAGUGGCCUAGCCAGUCUCCAGAUCUCAACCCCAUAGAAAAUCUUUGGAGGGAGUUGAAAGUCUGUGUUGCCCAGCGACAGCCCCAAAACAUCACUGCUCUAGAGGAGAUCUGCAUGGAGGAAUGGGCCAAAAUGCCAGCAACAGUGUGUGAAAACCUUGUGAAGACUUACAGAAAACGUUUGACCUGUGUCAUUGCCAACAAAGGGUAUAUAACAAAGUAUUGAGAAACUUUUGUUAUUGACCAAAUACUUAUUUUCCACCAUAAUUUGCAAAUAAAUUCAUUAAAAAUCCUACAAUGUGAUUUUCUGGAUUUUCUUUUCUCAUUUUGUCUGUCAUAGUUGACAUGUACCUAUGAUGAAAAUUACAAGCCUCUCUCAUCUUUUUAAGUGGGAGAACUUGCACAAUUGGUGACUGACUAAAUACUUUUUUUUCCCCACUGUAGCAAAAGACUAACCCCUUUCAUUGCAUAUUGCGUCUGUUACUGUAUGUGUGUAUAGAGAAGCCAAGGCCCACUGCAGUGCUAAGAACCUAGUGGACCUGACCCCAAAUCUGGGAGCCCUGAGAUCGGUCAAGUGUAACGCCAACGGCAACCAAGUCAGCAUCCUGGUCACUCUGGUGAGUGGACACUCAGAGAGACAGAACCUUGACUUUAUUUGGAAGGAUCUCAUAGAUAAACUUUGCUCUUGUUAUUUGCAAUGAAGUUAUUUUAAUUACUACACUUCCAACUCUGUUAAAUUAUAUUUCUACCAAGUUGUUCAUUGUCUUGUUGCUGAUUUUAUUUAUCUCUCUAAGGUGAAUGGGAGACCUGACCACAGAAUGUACUUCUAUGACGUAGAGAUGGACACACUCUCUCACUUUGACUUCUUCACUGGCAGACCGCCUAGUGGCAUCUCACAGGCCGACGACACAGAAAGGUGUGUGUGUGUGUGCAUUCUUUUGACUGUGUGUGUUCCUUUGACUGUGUUUGUGUUUUCUGACUGUGUGUGGGUGUGUGUUCCAGACGGCCAAUGACAGAGCUGAGCGAGAGAUGUCCUGUGUCUCAUUUCUGGGACGAGAACGAGCCUCGUCUGUUUGUGUGUGAGACGGUACUGGUCAACUCUGACUCUCCCCAAAUGGACCAUCUGGACAGGGUAAGGGGUUGCGUCAUUGUGCUACUUCUCACCAAACAAAAAUGUUACGUACUGUAAUGUACAAUCACAUUGACAAGAUUUGACAACAAAUAAUUUAUUAUAGGCCUGUUUUCAGAAUGUAUUGCGAUAAAGAUAGUGCUCUAUUUUGUUAAUAUCAAUUUCAAUAACUAUUUUGUUUAUCGGUAAUAUCAUACAUGUCACAUGUAUACAAUACCAGUGUUUCCCCUAUAUUCAUUAUUUUUCCUUUGUCAUUUUUCUUCUCAAUGUUUUUUAUUUUUAUAUAUAUUUCUGCGGAGACCAACUUUUAAAGGGAUAGUGCGAGAUUUUGGCAAUUAAGACCUUUUUCUACUUACCCAGUCAGAUGAACCCAUGGAUACCAUUUUUAUGUGUCUGCGUGCAGUUUGAAGAAAGUUGCUAACUAGAGUUAGCUCAAUUGCUAACUAGCAUUAGUUAGCAAGGGCUCGCAAAACUACCUUCAACUUCCUUCAAACUGCACGCAUAGACAUAAACAUGGUAUUCAUGAGUUCAUCUGACUCUGGGUAGAAAAAGGGCUUAAUUGCCAAAAUCUCGUCGCACUAUCCCUUUAAGAUCAGAGUGACAAGUUACAGCGUAUAUUCUAGCAAACAGAGCGAGCAGUGGCGCGAAUGAGAGCCACGAGCUCUCAGCCACCGCUUGCUCCUCAUCAUCUCCCUACAGUGCAGUGGCACGCAUCAGUUAAAUUUAACAUGGUGUCAACAUAAUUACAUAUUCAUGCAUUUUAGAAUAGAAUGUCCUUUUUAAAAAGUCACCAGGAGUGACCUUCUCACAAUCAUUCUACAAAACCCCCCUGAGACCCCCACCCCCUCCCUUUCCCACUGCUGCUGAAAAGAAUCCUAGGGGAAACACUGAAUACAUAUUAAGUGUGGAUGUGUUCUGAGUCCGCUGUGCUAUGACCUAUGUAACCUAUAGCAUGUAUUUGCUGUCUCCUGCAGGUGGAUGUGCUCGUGGUGACGUUUUUCUGCACUCAGGAACACGGGCUCCUCCUGCAGGACUCUUACCCCAAACCAGCCGGCCUGCAGGCGCUACUGGCCCUGGACGUUCCCUACUACUACUUCACCUGUAAGGUAGGGACCAAUGACCAAUGUACAGGACAUUACCUGCAGGGUAGUGAAUGGUAUCCCUUUACUUAAGGUGAGGCCAUUCGUUACUGUAUGUCUACUCUUUUGUUUACUCAUUUUCUAAUUUACAAGGGAUGUACUGUUCAAAUUAUUCAUUAUGUCAUCAUGAUUUUCAGUAGGACUACAGAUGUAGGAUCUUAAUUUGAGCCAGUUUGCUACAGCAGGAAAUAAAUCCUGUAGCAACAGGAAAUGUGAAUUAUUAUGUGGAUUAUAAUUCAUGGACAUUUUUUGUAGGGGUUGAUACAUUUUACUUUACGGCAAAUCAAGUCUGAAAUUCUAAAUGGAAAUUGCAAACUUUAGAAGCCUUUUUAAACCUGCUGUGCAGGCAAAUUCUCAUCAACAAAAGAGUGAUCAAAUUAAGAUCCUACAUCUGUAAAUUACUUGUAAGGUAGGGUUGCUCUCUUGCUUCUUUUCCACAUCCUGUCCCUCAGAGGUUAUUUUCACAAAACUCUGUUGGUCUUUCUCUUCAUUUUACCUAAUCUUUGCUUGAUCUCUUCCUCCCUCUCUUUCUUGAGUGUAUGUGAAUUUGUCAUAUUUCAUGUGCAUGUCUGUCUGUGUUUGUGCUUGGCUUCCAUUCACACCAGCUGUUGUUUCGGAGGGGUGGUAUCUCUUUACCAGAAGUAAGUAUCUACUGCUUCUUCAGUUAGUCAGUGCUUCAAAUCUCCUCGGCUUUUCCAUAGUCCUGUCCUCUUUUCCUAGGCUAGUGGCAUUGUAAAACCUCCAUUGGGUUAUAAUGAUUAACAGAACAAUGUAAUCUAGACCGUUCAAAGUUAAAUAUGUUUUUACAUAGGAAGAAUGCACCACAGUAUUCAGAUGCAUAAGUUAGAUGUGUAGGGUCCAUGUUUUGUAGCUUGUACCAUAGAAUGACAUAUAGAAUUUAAUAGGAUAUCUGUUGCUUAUAUACCCUACUCCACUGGUUGGAUAGGGUCAAUUUCUUCUUAGAUGUCUAUUUCCACUGCUUUUGUUGCCUGUCUUGUCUGUGUCUCCCUACUAGCCUUAGGUCUCAUAUCCGAGGACGUUUCCUUUCAUUGAGCCUAAUCUUUCUAUGAUAAAGGACUGGUGCCGCUACAAUAGUGUGUGUGUGUGUGUGUGUGUGUGUGCGCGUGUCAUUUUCCCUUCCUAAUCAAGCAGCCUAUGUAUAAUCGAGUCGGCUGCCAGUAUUGAACGUUAUCACGCUAUAAUAGAAAAAUGCUUCAAGAGACAGAUUCUAUCUCUGGAGAAAAUAAAGUGUUUCCCGAAAUAAUAUCUUACCCCACUCCAACAAUUAUGUUGAAUUUCGACAAUGACACAUGGUGUAGUUAUACAUUAGUAUUGUUUGUGUGGGGAAUUUUCAUAUUCAGGUGUGAAGUGUUUGAAACAGAGAUGAGAUUGGACAAAUCAAUGCAUUAGAGAACUAGAGCCCAUGGAAGCAUAACACAUUUCUGAAGUCACAUUGUAUUGAAAUAGCUAAUACUAAUCUCAUCAACACCCAGCCUGGUGAGAGGGAUCCAGAGGCGGAGGAGGCCCCAGCUCCAGACCCCACCCAAUCUCCAUCCCUGGCCCAGGCCUCAGCCCCGGCCCCGGCUGCCCAGUCCCCCCACAUGGUGUCCAGACGAGCCCUCCGGGACUUUCAGGGCCUGGAGAACUGUGAAAAGGCCACCCGCGAUGCCAUGCUCAACUUCAGCUUCUACCUGACCAUCGGUAACAUGGACGAGGCCUUCAAGUCCAUCAAGCUCAUCAAGAGGUAA